GGGUGAGAGUUUUCUUAGUUCUGCUCCUCGAUUCCUGUUUUUAGCUCAGGCUCCUCUCCGUCCCCAUCUCCUCCAUCUCUCGCUCGCUCGUUCUCUCCUCUCUCUCUCUCUCUUAACUUUUUCUUUAUCUUCUUCCUUUUCCUGCUGUGUGCUGAGCUGUUUGCGCCUAAUGCUCUUAAGCAGAAGCAGGGGAGCAAGCGCACCCCAAUGCUAUAGAAGUAAAGUGUCUUUAUCCAAAGAGAGCUGGAGGCUUUUUCUCUCAGUUCGCUUGUUUCCUUGCCCUUUUCUCUUUUGAGCAGUAAUCAGCCCACGGCUUCCAUUAACUCACAGCCAGUCCAUCAAUGAGUGCUGUCUACAGCGUUUUCCUCCCAAUGCUGGCCACAUAGUUGUUUUUGCUCGGCGGGUUUGUGUCAUUUGGGAACUUCACUGAAUGGGCUGGCUGGUUGCUUUUUGCACUCUUUUUCUCUUUGGGUUUUAUGGAGUAGAUUUUGGAGGUGGGUUAUAUUUGGUUUCAUAGGGUUGGAAUUCGGGAUAAGAUGGGGAGGACAUAUGGGUUGCUCCUGCUGUUGUUUACGUUACUGGGUUUUAAGAUUAGAGGAGGACUUUGCCAGGAUGAUGCGGCUGUUUACAUUGUUACCUUGAAGCAGGCUCCUGCGGUUCAUUACGUUGGCGAUAUUGCGGAGAUGAAGUCGUCUGGAAUCGGGCAAAUUAGCCAUGGAGGUUUUGGGAGACUGGAUACUGGGAAACCAAGCAAUGCUUCACGGACUGGCGCAGAUUACAGCUCAUUUCUAAUUAGAUUUCAAAAUUCUCUAUUGAGAAGAGCACUUAAAGGAGAGAGCUAUCUUAAACUGUAUAGCUAUCACUUCUUGAUCAAUGGCUUUGCGGUUCUCAUCACUCGUCCACAAGCAGACAGGCUUUCUAAGAGAAGAGAGGUAGCGAAUGUUGAAUUGGAUUUCUCUGUCCGAACAGCAACAACAUACACUCCUGAAUUUUUGGGUUUGCCCCAAGGAGCUUGGGUUGAAGAAGGUGGUCCAGAAUUUGCAGGAAAAGGAAUUGUCAUUGGUUUUAUUGACACUGGAAUCGAUCCAACACACCCUAGCUUUUCUGAUGUUCUGUCAGACACUGUUUAUCCCGUUCCUGCCCACUUUUCUGGAGUUUGUGAAGUUACAACCGAUUUUCCAUCUGGCUCCUGCAAUAGAAAACUUGUUGGAGCUCGUCACUUUGCAGCAUCUGCCAUAACUAGGGGAAUUUUUAAUGCUUCUAAAGACCAUGCUUCACCAUUUGAUGGGGAUGGCCAUGGAACGCAUACAGCCUCCAUAGCUGCUGGUAACCAUGGAGUUCCUGUGAACGUGUCAGGGCAUCACUUUGGAAAUGCAAGUGGAAUGGCUCCUCAUGCCCACGUUGCUGUUUAUAAGGCCUUGUAUAAAAGCUUUGGAGGCUUUGCUGCUGAUGUUGUUGCUGCCAUAGACCAGGCAGCUCAAGAUGGCGUUGACAUCAUAAGUUUAUCCAUCACUCCUAAUAGGCGCCCUCCUGGCUUAGCUACUUUCUUCAAUCCUUUAGAUAUGGCUUUACUUGCAGCUGUAAAAGCAGGAAUAUUUGUUGUACAAGCAGCAGGAAAUACUGGCCCUUCACCAAAGAGCAUGUCUUCCUUCAGUCCAUGGAUAUUCAGUGUGGGUGCUUCAGCUCAUGAUAGAGUCUAUAAUAACUUUAUUGUGCUAGGCAAUAAUCUUUCAAUCUCUGGCGUUGGACUUGCACCUGGAACAGAUGGUGAUUUGAUGUACACUCUGAUAUCUGCAACUCACGCGUUGAGAAAUGAUUCAGAUAGAGAGAAUAAUUUUUAUGUGAGCGAAUGCCAAGACCCUAGCCAUCUUAACCAAGAUUUGGUCAAGGGAAACAUCAUAAUUUGUAGCUACUCGAUCAGAUAUGUGCUUGGCCUUUCCUCGGUUAAGCAAGCUCUGGUAACUGCAAAGAACGUUAGUGCUGCUGGCAUUAUAUUCUACAUGGAUCCUUUUGUCCUAGGGUUUCAGCUCAACCCUACUCCUAUGGAUAUGCCUGGCGUGAUCAUACCCUCUCCUGAUGACUCCAAGGCUGUUCUUCAUUAUUAUAAUACAUCCUUGGUGAGGGAUGGAGUUUCAAACCGCAUAGUUAAAUUUGGCGGUGUUGCAAGAAUAUUGGGAGGUCUAGGUGCUAACUAUAGCAACUCUGCUCCAAAAAUAAUGUAUUAUUCUGCAAGAGGGCCAGACCCAGAGGACAAUUCACUGGCAAAUGCAGACAUACUGAAGCCAAAUCUUAUAGCUCCUGGUAACUUCAUUUGGGGUGCUUGGAGUUCUUCUCUUGCCACAGACUCUGCUGAAUUUCAAGGUGAAAAUUUUGCAAUGAUAUCUGGUACUAGCAUGGCCGCUCCCCAUGUAGCUGGGCUUGCCGCUCUUCUAAAACAGAAGUUUCCAAGUUUCAGCCCAUCAGCCAUUGCUUCUGCACUCUCUACAACUGCUACUCUUUAUGACAAACAAGGUGGACCAAUCAUGGCUCAACGAGCUUACAGCAAUCCAGACUCAUCCCAAUCACCUGCUACACCGUUUGACAUGGGAAGCGGUUUUGUUAAUGCCACUGCGGCUUUAGAUCCAGGAAUAAUUUUCGAUGCGGAUUAUGAUGAUUACAUUUCUUUUCUUUGUGGCAUCAAUGGGUCUACACCUAUCGUUCUAAACUAUACUGGCAACAACUGUGAUUCUUCCACCAUUAAUGGCACAGACUUGAACUUACCUUCAGUAACUGUAGCAUUGUUGAAUCAAUCGAGAACUGUCACAAGAAGAUUAACAAACAUAGCUAAUGAUGAGACCUACAGUGUCAGCUUCAGUGCACCUUAUGCAGUUUCUGUUUCCGUCGCCCCUAUCCGGUUUUCGAUAGCGAAGGGAGAGACACAAAACCUGACUUUUGUACUGACCGCCACAAUGAACAGCUCCUCUGCAAGCUUUGGGAGGAUUGGGCUCUAUGGGAGCCGAGGUCACAUUUCGAUGAUUCCAUUGUCGGUCAUCGUGAAGAUCACAGGCAACAUGAGUACUACAAAGCUGAAAUGAGCCAAAUGAUUCUUUUGCUUUGACAAGUCUGAUAACCCAUUUUUUUAUUUUUUGGUCUGUACUUGUUUUAUAAGAUAUAUUGCUGAAGCUGAAUGCAAUUAGAAACUUAAUGGACAAAUAGUUGUAUCAUAUUCUUGUUGAAGUUACUAAGGGGAAGUAAAUUUCUUCUGUUCAA